AUGGGUCACUACAUCAAAAAUGAUGGGUACAUUGAGUUUGCCGAAAGAGAAUUGCGCGAGAAGAACCGAAAAACUGUCGCAUUUUAUAGAGGAGUUGACCCCGUUAUUUGGACUGUCGAUACUGAAAUCAUCAAUGACGUAUUCGUGAAACACUUUUCAUCAUUCACCUCAAGAUUGAAGCCUACUGGCUCGAUGGGCCAAGGAAAGGACAUUCGCGAAGCCCUGAACGUUAUCACGGACCCACACCAAUGGCGAAGAGUCCGACAGACAAUCAGCCCAAGCUUUUCAAAUCGACAACUUACGGAAAUGCUGGAAAUUAUAAAAGAUAGACUGGAUAUUCUCGAAGAACAAAUAGAUGGUCUUGAAGGCGAAGCAACUGAUGUGGGUACAAUUGCAGGCAAAUUUACGAUGGAUGGUACUCUAUCAGCAGCAAUGGGGAUUGACAUGAAUGAAGAUUUAAAAGAUCUCAAAGACUUUGAAAACCACCCAGCCGUUAGACAUUUCUACAAUUUAAUGAAUCCUGGUCCGUCUAUGUUCUUUUACGUCAUGAUUCCUGGAUUAGGCUUGCUUGCUGACGAGCAGCUUCUGAUUGAUAAGAAAUCUGCUAAAAACGCCCAAAGAGGACUGACAGAGACAGAAAUUAUCAGUCAAAUCUUUGUUAUAUUUGUUGCUGGCUACGAGACAACGAAAACAUUGCUCCAAACGGCCUUCUAUCAUCUUGCAAAAGACCAGAAACUACAGCAAGAAGUUCUCAAAGAAGUUCGAGGCCUUGAUGAGCACUAUGACAACUUGAAUCCAAAGAAAAUGCCUCUAACCUGCGCUGUAUUGCACGAAUGUUUGAGACUCUUUCCACCAGUUGGUAUUCAUUUACGCUGGUGCGAGGCUGAUACGAUGGUCAACGGUAUUCCCAUGACUCGAGGUGCGAGUAUCGAAGUACCAGUCGAUCUGUUGCAUACAAUGGAAGAAUAUUGGGGCGAAGACGCACACGAAUUCAAUCCAUACCGAUUUAUUGAAGACCCUGAGUUAGAAAAAGCGCCAUUCUUUCUGCCGUUCGGAGCUGGCCCGAGAAAUUGUAUCGGCUUGAGAUUUGCUAAUAUUGAGGCACGACUAGCAAUUCAACGACUUGUUUCAAACUAUGAAGUCAGCCUUCCAGAAGGUUUCGUGCCUGAUAUCAAACUCAUCCGACUCCCAAGCUUCUUCAUGGAUUUUUCGAAGGAGAUCAAGUUGCAUUUUAAAAGAAGAUAA